AAAAUACAGGAUUGAAUGGAAAAGGGAAGUAGCAUCCACGACUCGUCUGCUCGGCCUUUCCUGCAGUCCUUCAGUCCAUCUGGGCAUAUAACGGAAAAACUUAGAUAAAAAUGUUGCUGCUUCAUCUAUACGCUUUCACCUGUGUUGUUGUCGUCACAGGAUGUGCGUCAGCGGGUUCCGUGGAGACGGUGGUGGGGCUGGUAGGGAGGAGAGUGCCGUUGCCGUGCCGUGUGGAGGCGGCCAAGCAGAGAGGCAUGCACCUGUGUUGGGGGAAAGGUACACCGUCGCUGUUCUCCUGCCAAAACAUACUGGUCAACAUGGCGGGCGAGCGGAUGACAUACAAAAGCUCAUACAGGUACUCUGUGUCUGUGUCUUCAAGCGCAGUCUCCAAUCUCUACAUCUUCAACGUGCGGCCUACAGACUCGGGCCUCUAUCACUGCCGGGUUCAGCUGCCGGGCUUCUUCAACGACAAAACUUUCACCGUUCUCCUCAUCGUCGUUAAACCAUCCGUUAACCUGAAUGCACCACAGACAACCAAAAGAAGUGAUGACGCAGAUAGCGUGACCCAGCACACAAGAUAUUGA